CUGGCUGCUUCCUGACUGAUUACACAUGGUGUUAAUGGACUUUGUCAUCUACCUUCUUGCUGGGCCAAAAGUUCUAUUCGGUCGGCAGAUUGAUCCUGAAGACAAGUCGAAGCCUGGCAUCCUUCUCUUUGCCAAUGACACUCUCCUGAGGCACUGUUAUUUCAAUCGCCAUGGCGCUGGCGGCCCCACCAUGUUGUCCCCCUGUCAGGACGCCGUGGUGAUGAGAAAUGGCGAAGCGUUGAGCGAAGAAGUGCAGCUCAACAGUGGUGAUGUCAUUGGGAUGGGACAGCACUACCUGUUUCUAUUCAAGGAUCCAUUUGCUUCAACACACAAGGAUGUUUACAAUGCUGCUCCUGAGUCCAGUAUGGCUGCCCUCCCCUGGAUGCUGAAUCCUGCCACUACAACCAGCCACACAGAAGGAAUGAUCCUCUGCAACACCUGCAUCACAACCUGCACUGACCUCAACAGCUCCAGCUGCAAACAGUCACUAAACAGAGGCCUGCCCUUUUUUAAAUCCCCUGAAUGCCACAGCCUGACUCUGCAGUAUGAGAGUGGAGAUGAGGAUCACAUCGUCAGGGAGAUAUUUGCCAUGGGAAGGACCAGCAGCAACGACAGACCCCCCCAGACUGCUGCAUUUCUGCUGUGUAUGUGUGUUCAGCACUCAGCCUCAUGUCUUCAAACCUCAGAUCUGCGCAGGCUGCUGUUGCUCAUAGCAAACGGAGUUCAGACGGCCAUGUGGGAGCACACUAAGGGCCUAGCUGCAGUGAAACCUGAAGUUGUUGAUGGUGAAAGCUCAAACCCAGAGGACCUCAGCCAGCAGGAGGUUAUGUCAGGCCUGCGCCCCCUGGUGGUGUGGAUGUCCAACAGCCUGGAGCUGCUGCAGUUCAUGCAGUUCCAGCUGCCUGUGAUUCUGCAGUGGAGAACCCAAAAAGAGCACGAACAGGACGAGGACAAAGAGGUGGAGGACCUGGCCCGUUUGGAGAUGCGUCUGUCCUGUGUCAGUUCAGCCAGCGAGGAGACGGUGGCUGUCCUGGAGGAAGUCAUUAUGCUCGCCUUCCAGCAGUGUGUGUACUACAUCACCAAGGGCAUCUACCCCGUCCUGCCGGGCCUUCUGGAUUGCGACCCAUUCAGGGAGAGUCCUGACCUGCAGGUGCCUGACGAGAGUGCUCCUGUCUCGGGUAGCGGUGCCCUGCAGGUCCCUGGUGAGAUCCAGCACCUUGUGGAUGUUCUGAGCGACACCUGGAGACUGCUGUGUGACUGUCAGCUCCACCCAGAGAUCUCCUCACAGCUGAUUGGCUACCUCUUCUACUUCAUCAACGCAUCCUUCUUCAACUCACUCAUGGAGAGAGGCUCUGAGCCAGGUUUCUACCACUGGUCCAGGGGCGUUCGCAUGCGAGCCAAUCUGGACUUUCUCCUGGAAUGGGCUCAUACAGCUGGACUGGGGGAAAUCGCCUUGGAGCAAACACACACACUCGCAUCAGCUAUCAAUCUGCUGGCUUCACCUAGAAAGAAUUUACUGCAGACAUCUUGGGUGUCUUUGCGCUCUGAACACCCCGCCCUGAGUCCGGCCCAACUGCACCACCUCCUGAGUCUUUACGGCCCGGCGUCUCCCUGCAGACACAGCUGGACUCCCUCUGUUCAGGACCAGGCUGCAGCACACCAAACUGCUGAUAUACUGGAGAGUUUUGACACCCACCACCCUCUGGUGCUGCCUGAUGGGGGUUACCAGUUUGAGCUGGGCGGACAGGUAACAGAUUCAGCUGUGAGGGAACAGCUGGACAAGCUCAAAGAGUUCAUGUCUAGCCUUUCUAACUCAAAGUCCAAUCAAGCCCCAGCUACCAAGGAACAAGAGGUAAAACAUUAAUAUUGUGAUGAUUAUAAAAUUAUAAAAGCAGGGUAGACAUGUGGAUAUUAUCCGGCUGAACG